CGUCCGAAUGGUUCGGUGUCGAACCUGCAGCUCGCGCGCGCGUGCCGUCCGUCGGCCGGGGCUGGGGGCUCCGCGUGGGUGCCGGCCGGAGUUUCCGCGACGGCUGGGGGAAUUCCGCGCAUCGACGUCUUUCGAGGAGCGCGCCGCCGUACCAGUGGAGCGGCAAAAAGCAGAACCAUAAACUGUUGGAGGUCGAGGGCCGAGGAGGCUCGAGGAGGGUCGAGCAGAGGAGGAGGAGGAGGAGGAGAAGGAGGAAGAGGCCAGCACUGGCCAGCGUGGCGCGCCCCGGCAACGGGCCGACCAGGCGUAGGCCGACGCGCCACGCUGGUCCACCUCCCGCGGGGCCCCAGCACCAGCAGGAACCCCAAGACAGGGGGUCGGGCUGAGCUGCCCGCGCACGGUGUCUGCGGCAGCGGCCCCUGCAGUCCUGUGGCGGACUCCCGGCCGACACGCCUAGCCCCGGUGGCCAUGCGUCCCAAAGUGGGACACAUGCCGGGGUUGCGGAUCCAGCUGGAGGAGAAAGAUGAGGAGGAGGAGGAGGAGGAGGAGGAGGAGGAGGAGGAGGAAGAGGAGGAGGAGGGAAGAAGAAGAAAAAGAAGACGGACCGGUCUGCUGACCUGCCGCGGCAGGCUGGGCCCCUGA